AGGUCAACUGUCGAACAAUACCGCGACAAUUACGCCAGAUACCAGCCCGAACCCGCGGAGCCUCAAGCGUUCUCGCUCGCCGGAAACAUACGAUACAGGCGAUCAGCUUGUUGGAGAUGACGGUAUGUGGUCGCCAGUGAUUGAUGGGUUCCACAUCUAUCUGAUUCCUUUGCGACUGCCAUGUGCUGUGCGACUGCAAAUUAUGACAAGUUUACUGAUGAUGUUUCAUUUUAGGUGACUCAAAGCCGCGAAAACGAGGGCGGCCGAUGAAGUCAAGACCUCCAGGUGUUCCAGAGAGUCCGAUACAAUCCUCAAUGCCUCUGUCACAGCUUCCCCCGCAAACCCCUCAGUCGCAGACUGUACCCCUUCCCUCUCAAUUAACGAACAUUACUCCUACUCAAGCGUCGCCACCAAAGACCACUCCCACCAAGACCGUCAUCAAGGCACUGCCAACCGUGAGAGACCAUACAACUGACCAGCUGGGACCGGAAGGAGAUGAAUACAUCCCGCGAGAAUAUGAUGAGGCGGGCGAGAAGAAGGUCACAGCUACUGGACAGCUUCUAGACGGGCGCGAUUACAGAUGCCGGACAUUUUUUGUGCCAAAUAGAGGAGAUAAACUGUUCAUGCUAGCCACUGAGUGCGCGAGGGUCCUAGGAUAUCGAGAUUCGUACUUGCUUUUCAACAAGAAUAGGUCGUUGUACAAGAUUAUUGCUACUCAGGCGGAGAAGGAGGAUCUGAUCCACCAGGAGAUCCUACCAUUCUCUUAUCGCUCGCGACAGAUUGCUAUAGUCACGGCUCGGUCCAUGUUCCGACAGUUUGGAAGCAGAGUCAUUGUCAAUGGACGGAGGGUACGGGAUGACUACUGGGAGACCAAAGCCAAGAAGCAAGGCUUCACCGAAGAAGAUCUUGCUGGAGAAAAGAGGCCAGGCGCUGCCAAAGCCAGGGACGCUGCCGCCGCAGAGGCUAAUGCAAGCGCGUCUUUGACGCUAGCCCACCAUGGUGACAUAGUCUACAGCAACAAUCCUGGACAUUUUGGCGGUGUCCAUCCCCAACCACAAACUGUCCAGCCUGGCCUCAUGGGAAUUCCAGGCGGAGUAGCUCCCCUUCCCAUGAUCACGCUGGCACCGGAGCAGCCUGACAUGCGUCAACGAGACUUUAGCAACAUUCAACGGCCCCGCCAGGAGAUCACUGGCCCAGCGUACCAGGACCGCACACAGACCAGCCCUCCCCAGGAGCUCCUUACGCAAGCUCACCAUGCUGCUGAGUACAAUAAAUCGGUGAAUUUGCAACGAAACAGGAGCAGUGAGUAUCUCGACCAGCGCUGGAGACAGCGCCACGAAGCUCCACCUCCCAACAUUGCACCACAACCAGUGGGGACCAACGAUGGCCUGCCACCCACACAAGCUUUGCAAUCCCCACGCACCACGCAGACUGGUGUUCAGCAACCGAGUCUGCCUCAGCAAACUUCUCAUCACAUGAUAGCAGCUCAAUCAUAUUCACAGCCUCCGCAUCAGCCAAAUCCAGUAGCCCAGAGCCCGAUGAGAACGGCACCUCCAAGUACCAUGCGACCGGAUCAAAUGGGAAGAUCACCAGGCCUCCCACUCGGACCAAGCGGACUUGGACAAGGAAACACUUAUAACUUCCAACAAAAUCAAAUGUGGCCACCUUCCCAACCCCAGCAAUCUCCGCAACAUUUCCCUGGAUAUGCCUCUCAUGGUUCUCAGCAAUCCCCUCACAUUCAACAAUUGCCACAUCAGCCUCCACCACAGCUUCGCCAGUCUGGAAGCAACCCUCAGAUGCAGCCAGCUUUGCAGUAUCCAGGUAUGCAAGGCAUGGGCCAGAGCUAUCCAGCACCAGGUCGUGGCCUUUACCAGCCUGACCAAGGUUCACAGCAGUUCAUGCAACCAAACACAUCUGGUCCUCAGCCUGGACCUCAAGGCUGGGCAGGGCAGCAACCACCAGGAGGAUCUGGUGGUAAUUGGGGUUAUCAAUGAGAACAAAACUCGAAAACUACCGAUCACUACGUCUUACGAACUUGACCGAGAGAUGAGUACAAAUACACAUGACAUAAAUGUAUUGUGUAUGGCAUCAUGAACAUUCAAAAUAACAAAGUGUGAUCAGCUUCUGCAGGAGGGAGGAUAUAAUGGAGGAUAUGGUAAUUUGUCGUUUCCGCGAGUAUCCGUCUGGUUGCAUCAAGCCAGUAGAGGAGUUGGCGCCAGUAAUUGAUCGAGGUGGAUCUUCUUUCUUCUCCGGCUUUGCUGCUUUCUUGUACAGUACAGCGUUUUCUCGUUGUUGUUUUUCGCGGUUGAUAUACCUCUGUUCUGCUUCUAAUGGCUGUCGUACGUGGAACCUCUUAUUUCCUUGACAUCAUUUCACUUCUGGCUCUGUCUGGUAAGGGCCAAGGCUGUGGCCGUCUUCGGACUGUUGACCAUUUCAUUUUAGCUUCAUUGGAAGGAUAACGUGUACUCGGCACAUUUGGCAUUCGAGCUUUUAGCUUGUUUGAGAGCAUUGCAAGGUUUGUUGGAAAGUGUUUUUGGGGUUUGGGUUUGGGUAUACACAUGUCUGCAUUGCAUUGCAUUCCAUUGCAUUUGCAGGUGGCUUGGCUCAUUUGUUACUGAACUCUGGGCGGAGUUGUGGUCCUUAGGAUAUCUCCUCCUUUCUCGUUGGGGUGAAACAGGAAUAAUACUCUCGAUUUCUUCUCCUCAAAGUCUAUGUAUAUGUUCAGCAGUGUACGUCGUACGACUGUGCGGCAUUUUUAAUACCAAGGCUGGCCAUGACAGGUAUUAUGGAGACGUUAAUAGAAUAUGGCAUUUCGGAUG